AAGAGAAAAAGUGCAAUGAAGGAUAAAGAAGUUAAAACAAGAAUGAAGAGAGGAUUUUGGAAACCUGAGGAGGACUUGAUAUUGAAGAAUUGCGUCGAGACUCAUGGAGAGGGAAACUGGGCUACCAUUUCUGAGAAGUCAGGCUUAAUGAGGAGUGGUAAGAGCUGCAGACUAAGGUGGAAAAAUUACCUCAGGCCAAACAUCAAGCGAGGAAUGAUGUCAGAAGAUGAAAAAGACCUCAUCAUCAGACUCCACAAGCUUCUUGGCAACCGAUGGUCACUAAUUGCUGGUAGGCUACCUGGAAGAACAGACAAUGAAGUUAAGAACUUCUGGAACACACAUUUGAACAACAAGAGAUCAUGUAGAGGCAAAAAGAAGCAUGUCAAGUCCAAGGAGGCGAAUACUCAAAGCACACAAGGCAAAAUGCAAGAGUACCCUGCUGAGACAGUAAGCAACCAAGAAGUGGCCACCAAAACAGUUUUAGAUUCAUGGAUAGAAGAAAUGCAGGACUUCAACUGCAGCUUACUAUCACCUCUGACAAUGAAUAACAUGCCAUUUCUCGAAGAUGAGCCUUUUAUUCCCAUAUUGGACGACAUUGUCUUGCUUGAAGCAUUCACAAGCACUGGCAAAGAAGCGUGGAAUGAGAUUCAGCCAUUCCUUUAGAAAUUUGUCGCAGUAUUUCUCUAUUGCAUCCUUCACAUAAGAGCACAAUUUCCACUAGUGCCAUGACAAGUUAACAACUCCCAUGCUAGCGGUUUCGGAUUUGAGCUUGUGCUUCAUCUGCCUGAAAGCUUAUUUGCGAAACCAAUUUAUGCAUGUAUCAAGAGGUCAGAAAUGAAUAGAUCUCCCUUUUUCUAAGUAUCAGCUUCCUCCUCUACUGCCAAUUCCAACUAAGUGAAGAAAAGUAAUGAACUAGAUAUCGGCUAUUCCUGUUACAAAAGCUAGCUAUCGGGUUUACAAUUCUUAUUCGCAUUGGUGUAGCAACAAAACUUCGAAAACAGAAUUUUUUUUAA